UUUCUCUCUUUUCUUCUCUCUCUCUCACACACACACACACACACACACACUUGCACACACAAGAAUUAAUUCAUCUCCAUAUCUCUCUCUUUACCACACAUAAACAAAGCCUUCCUCCCUCUAUCGUCUCUCUCUCUCUCUUUCUCUCUCUCUCUCUCAUACACACACAUCUCAGUUUUUUAUAUUAUCUCACUGUAUCUCACACGCACCUUCCUCUCUUGACCAUCAUCACCACCACCAUCACCAUCAUCUGCAUCAUCACCUCUCUCUCUCUCUCUCUCUCUCUCUCACACACACACACACACACGCACGCUCGCACUUCACGACAUGCCCUCGCAUACCCCUUCCGUCUCGCGGGGGGUGGAGGGGGCGCGCGAGUGACUGGAGAGAUGAGAUCGGGGAUUUAGGAGAGCAUAAAAUUACAUCCACACGUGCAGCUCAGCGUUACGUAAUAGCGCCUGCCAGCCUGCUGCCCUCGCGAGCGCGCGGAGGAGCGAGCACGAGCAGAACCGGAGCCUCAGCAACAGAAACACCCGCCCAGACAUCCUCAGCGCGAGCAUGCGGACACUUCGGGCUCUCCGCGGAGCCUCGGGAUUCUCCACGGAUUCUCUUCAGGCUGAGAGCACUGGGAGACCACCUCACUGAGCCGGCCUGCCUGCCUCACCUGAUCCGCCUCACCUGAUCCAGCUCACCUGGAGGCUCUCUGACUCCUCCGCUGCGGGGAUGCUAAUGCCAGCGCUGCUGAGGCUGAGAUAUGUGUAGGCUGCUGUGCGGAUUAUUAUUACCCUAACUCCUACAGGACUCAUCUGCCCCUCGGCCGGGCUGCGCGUGAGUGUGGGUGGCGCCCCCCUGAGGCCGUGGCAGGAUGCGGUCCGCGUGGCCGCUGGUGUGGGCAGUGUGUGGGCUGAGCGCGGGGGCUCCCCCUGCCCACGGAGCAUCAGUCAGCCCCAUCCUGCUCGUGAGCACCGUGGCCACGCCCACCGAGGAUCAGACCACGCCCACAGAGUCUCUUAACAACAAUGACACAGGUGGCUUGAGCUGUGUGUCUCUGCUCCCCCCACGGAGAGGGUCCUACUAUGUGGAGCAGGGCACUGGGGUGUCUGUAGGCUCUAUCCUGGUGUUCUGGUGUCGGGAGGGAUACCAGCUGGUGGGCAGUGAGAAGAUCACCUGCAUGGUCCGUGCAGGUGUUCCACGCUGGAGUAAUUACCUGCCUGUUUGUGAGAGCAUCCCAAAGCCAGAUGACCAGGGCUUGCGUAUGGCAUUGCUGGUGUCUGUGGUCAGUGGUGUGGUCAUUCUAGUCAUGACGGUUUCGUUUAUUGUGUGCUGUAUCCAGGAGCACAUGAGCAAAAAGAAGGAGAAGCACCGGUCAGGCAGGAGCAGGAGAAGAGAAAAACGCCAUUCGAGAUCCAGAAGAAGCCCAUCCUGGUUAGUCCGGGAGGAGCUGGACUGGGAAGCUUUCCCACCUCCGAAAAUCUUCAAUGUGUCUCAGCGUUUUGAGCGAACAGCACCUGCUGGUAGCCCUCUUUACCCUGGGGUCACAAGAGGCUACGAAAACAGAGGGUACGAGAGGAGUCAGGAGAGCCUGCUGAGGAGCCCUCACCCUGGAGUCUACCACACAGACAGCCAGGUCUACCCCCAUCUGGUGCUCCAGAGGGUACAAACAGCUCCAAACCCUCAGGCCAGCCCCACAACGCCAGUCUACCUGCACAUCUCCACUCCUCCCAAUGCGGCCAAAGCUCAGCGCCGCCCUCCUGUCACCCUCCCAUAGACUGAUAAUGACUCUGCCACAAUCAAAUCACCCAAAUGACUGCCCACACUGGAUGUGGCCAUGCCAAGUCUACCUAGAAAGCAAGGAGAGGAUGAGAGAAUUUCCUUAGAGACUAAAUGGUCUUUGUGACCAGGUGAAGCACUUUGUUUUAUUUUUUUUUUUACAGUAAACCACUAAAAACUCUUCUAAAUGUAAAUUAUUUUCAGUUAGAUUUACAAUAAAUAUUAUAUAUAGUAUAUGUAAAUAUAUAUAUAUCCCAUUUGGGGUGCCUGCUUAAUGUGCAUUUCUUGAUGGAAUAUUUCAGUGCAAUAUCUUAAACUCCUUAUCUCCCUGUCUUUUAUUACAUCAUAAGGAUUACUAUAAUUCAGUAACUACAUGGACAGGAAUGCAAUGUUGCUAAGUGAGAAACAAAAGCCAGGAAUCACAGGUGGUUCUGCAAAGUUUACGAGGUUAAGCUGCCAACCGACUGUAAAUACAGCCAAAAACUGUAAAUACAACUUUAUUGUGCUAAGAAUUUUAAGGAUGCUCCUUAUUUAGGACCGACAACUUAAUAUAGAGUCCAAUAUAUUUUAGAUGAACAGUUAUUAACUACCUACCUUUGGUCAGUUCUGUGUUUCGUCUGAACUGUGGUCGGACACUGAAUUUGUUUUCUUAGCUCACUUAUUGAUGUGAAAGUGUUUGUUGUGGACUGCUGACCAAAAUUGUAUUCUAUAAAAAAUGACCCACUUUAACAAAAAUUAAGCUUUACAUUUUGUAGUGAUGUGAUUUUUAAUAAAGUGAUAUUGUUGUCCACAUAUUUGUUACGGUGCUGCUAAUACUUAAUUCACUUUAAAGCUCUCUCAAUAAACAAAUGAGCACUUUUAUGUUC